AUGGCUCCCGCGCCGGCGCUCCGGGGCGCCGUGCCCGCCGCCGCGGCGUGCCGCGUUGCCGCGCGGACCCGCCCUGCACCGCGCGCCUCCGUCGUCGUCCGCGCGGGCGACUACGGCGACUUCGGCCACCUCGGGAAGGGCCUGCCGAAGGGAGUGGAGCUCGAGGGGCUGCCCAACCUCGGCCAGGGCGACGGGACGCUCGACCUGGGCGUGGACGCGGGGGCGGAGGCCGCAUACGACCCCGAGGGGCUCUUCGAGAACGUGUACGCCGAGGACGACCUCAUUAAGAAGCGGUUCCUGGCGCGGCAGCAGAUGAGCGACGAGGAGAAGGCCGAGGAAGACAAGAAGCGCCGCGAGAAGAUCCAGAAGCAGAUCGACGAGCGGCGCGCGGCGCGGUCCCCUCCGGAGGGCAACCCCGCUGCGCUGCUGCAGUACUUCCUCGACACGGAGGUGACGGACAUGGAGUACGAGGUCGCGCGCUGCAAGCCCCUUUUGACCAAGGACUUCUUCGACGUCCUCGACGGCGAGAUCGGCAGGAUCCGGUUCAUGGAGGAGCCCUCCAAGCUCGACGAGGAGCGCCUCAAGCAGCUCGAGGCCUUCAAGAAGUACGUGGACAGCAUGGCGAAGAUCGUCGAGGGGGCGGUGCAGCGCCUGACGACCCCCGUGGACCGCAUGAAGAAGCUGCUCACCGCCAAGGACAAGAAGGCCAUGAUCCUCGAGAUGGCCGGGAACAACGAGAUCGACAACGCGCUCAUCGCGCUCCUGAACCAGAACAUCAACGCCGCGCGGCAGGCCGGCCAGGAGGAGCCCGCGAAGUUCAUGGAGAAGGUCCGCGACGCGUGCACGAAGUUCGUCGUGAAGCCCGCGGCGUCGCCCGCGGCGCAGCAGGCGGCGGCCGGGGCCGGCGGGGCUGCGGAGGCGGAGGUGGAGGCGCAGGCGGCGGCGACGCCUGGCACGCCGCAGGCGGCGAGCGGGCUGUCGGGCGCGGCGGCGGCGGCGGCGGCGGCGCGGGAGAAGGCGGCGGCGGCGGAGAAGCAGGGCGGGGCGGGCAGCGGGUCCGGGCUGAUUCUGGACGGGAACGCGCCGCCGCCGCCGAACCCGGACGAGCCCAAGAAGAGCCUCAUUCUGUGA